AGCCCAGCACUGGCGACCUGGAGUUGGGAACGGGCUGUUCAUGUCCAUCCACUGCUACGUCAGGGCAACACCCACUGAAGAGUGACCUUGGAGACUGCAGUAGGAGACACCCUUUGAAACCUCUCCUUUCCUGUCCUGAGAGCCAGGUUAAAACCAUCAGCCCCAAAUCCUGGGUGCAAACCUUUCCUAAUCCUGCUGCUAAGCUAAACACCUCACCCACUGAGAGCCAGCAUGGCAGCUGUUGUUCUGGAGAAUGGGGUCCUGAGCAGAAAACUCUCAGACUUUGGGCAGGAAACAAGUUACAUCGAAGACAACUCCAAUCAAAGUGGUGCCGUAUCUCUGAUAUUCUCACUCAAAGAGGAAGUUGGUGCCCUAGCCAAGGUUUUGCGCUUAUUUGAGGAGAAUGAUAUCAACCUGACACACAUUGAAUCCAGACCUUCUCGUUUAAACAAAGAUGAGUAUGAGUUUUUCACCUAUCUAGAUAAGCGUAGUAAGCCUGUCCUGGGCAGCAUCAUCAAGAGCCUGAGGAAUGACAUUGGUGCCACUGUCCAUGAGCUUUCUCGAGACAAGGAAAAGAACACAGUGCCCUGGUUCCCAAGGACCAUUCAGGAGCUGGACAGAUUCGCCAAUCAGAUUCUCAGCUACGGAGCUGAACUGGAUGCAGACCACCCAGGCUUUAAAGAUCCUGUGUACCGGGCGAGACGAAAGCAGUUUGCUGACAUUGCCUACAACUACCGCCAUGGGCAGCCUAUCCCUCGGGUGGAGUACACAGAGGAGGAGAAGAAGACCUGGGGAACAGUGUUCAGGACGCUGAAGGCCUUGUAUAAAACACAUGCCUGCUACGAGCACAACCACAUUUUCCCACUCCUGGAAAAGUACUGCGGUUUCCGUGAAGACAACAUUCCCCAGCUAGAAGACGUUUCUCAGUUUCUGCAGACUUGUACUGGUUUCCGCCUCCGACCUGUUGCUGGAUUACUGUCAUCUCGAGAUUUCUUGGGUGGCUUGGCCUUCCGAGUCUUCCACUGCACACAGUACAUUAGGCAUGGAUCUAAGCCCAUGUACACACCUGAACCUGAUAUCUGCCAUGAACUCUUGGGACAUGUGCCUUUGUUUUCAGAUCGCUGCUUUGCCCAAUUUUCUCAGGAAAUUGGGCUUGCAUCGCUGGGGGCACCUGAUGAGUACAUUGAGAAACUGGCCACAAUUUACUGGUUUACUGUGGAGUUUGGGCUUUGCAAGGAAGGAGAUUCUAUAAAGGCAUAUGGUGCUGGGCUCCUGUCAUCCUUUGGAGAAUUACAGUACUGUUUAUCAGACAAGCCAAAGCUCCUGCCCCUGGAGCUAGAGAAGACAGCCUGCCAGGAGUAUACGGUCACAGAGUUCCAGCCCCUGUACUAUGUGGCGGAGAGUUUCAAUGAUGCCAAGGAGAAAGUGAGGACUUUUGCUGCCACAAUCCCUCGGCCCUUCUCGGUUCGCUAUGACCCCUACACUCAAAGGGUUGAAGUCCUGGACAAUACUCAGCAGUUGAAGAUUUUAGCUGACUCCAUUAAUAGUGAGGUUGGAAUCCUUUGCAAUGCCCUCCAGAAAAUAAAGUCAUGAACAGAAAAUGACAUGAUGGGCAGAACUCAGGAGGUCAAACAAAAAUCUGCUGAUAAAACUAUAGUAACUGCUUCUUUCCCCCGAAACAAAAAAAAAGUUUUAUUUGAAAUGUCAGCUUGUAUUGUUUUUGCUAACACAGUGGAACAUCACCAAAUAAAUCAAAAUUCUCUGAAAUGGAAGUAUAUUAAAACCCUCCAGUGGUAGAUCUUUCAGAGUCACAUUUGAUUUCGCUAUCUCAUACCUUCAAUGUGGUUUAAAAUGUAUUUUCUCAGCUCUCAUCCACAUUCAUCAAAUGUUGGGUUCAUAUCCUUUGGGCGCCGUCUGUUCAUUUUUAACCUCUCAGGUAAGCUCUGACAGAAUGCAUAAGGCUGAGUGUAAAAUGUAAGGCUAUCAUUAGGAGUGAAUCAUUCCGCUCAGUACAGAUUGUAACCUACAAAGCUUAGUUUCUACAUUCUUUCAUUAUGGCUUUGAGAACUGCUUUGUUAUCCUGCUCAUGUAAAUCUCCUCUGAUCUAAGGCCCUAUUAAGAUAGUUAUAAGCAAUAAAGUUUUAAAGCAUUAUAUAAAA